GCACAGUAAAUGGGUACAAUUUCACUGGUUCUUUGAGAAGGAAAUGUUUUUAUGCUCAACUUUUAUGUCCUGUUUAUAUAUUCUUUGUAUAAAUAAACAUAGUUUGAUUUCACAUUGUAUAAGUAUAUGAGGCCUUUCUGAAUAUCCAAACUUUUGUUAGGCCUAUUUAUAGUACUAGACUUCUGAUACUGGCACACUAUGUUGUGUCUCAUACACUUUAAUGCUUGUAUUAGGAGGCCACUGAUAAGACAAUAGACCAAAGCUCCAUUUAUUUACAGGCCAUUAAUAUGUACACUACAGUUAUUUAUGCCAAUGGUAGUUCACAUAUCCACAAUACAAUUAUUUAUGCCAAUGGUAGUUCACAUAUGUACCCUACAGUUAUUUAUGCCAAUGGUAGUUCACAUAUGUAUCAUACAGUUAUUUAUACUCAUGGUAGUUCACAUAUGUAUCAUACAGUUAUUUAUGCCAAUGGUAGUUCACAUAUGUACCAUACAGUUAUUUAUGCCAAUGGUAGUUCACAUAUGUAUGAUACAGUUAUUUAUACUAAUGGUAGUUCACAUAUGUAUCAUACAGUUAUUUAUGCCAAUGGUAGUUCACAUAUGUAUCAUACAGUUAUUUAUGCCAAUGGUAGUUCACAUAUGUACCAUACAAUUAUCUAUGCCAAUGGUAGUUCACAUAUGUACCAUACAGUUAUUUAUGCCAAUGGUAGUUCACAUAUGUACCGUACAGUUAUUUAUGCCAAUGGUAGUUCACAUAUGUACCCUACAGUUAUUUAUGCCAAUGGUAGUUCACAAAUGUACCAUACACUUAUUUGUGCCAAUGGUAGUUCACAUUGUACCAUACAGUUAUUUAUGCCAAUGGUAGUUCACAAAUGUACCCUACAAGUGACGGAUCACCAUUAACAUUGCCAGAGACCUCUACUGAGAGAACAGGUGCCAAGAUGCUAUAAUCAGGAGAAUUUGCAGUCCCUGUAU